UUCUGGCAUGAAAGGCUGCAUCUACGGUGAGAGAUAAAGCCCGGACAAGAGGGUGCUGGAGGUUAUUAAACUGGGAUCUUCAAACCAGGUUAGGAUGCAGAUUGAAACAACAGCUGCAUCUUGCUUUAGGAGUUCUGGGAAGGAGGCUCUGUCUGGAAGAUGCCACGUUGCUGUGGCUCCUCUGUGGCUAGCUGAGCAAUCUCGGUGGAGUUGGCGUGGAUACAUGGGUGAAAGAGGAUGCAGUCCACACCAAAUGCUCGGAAGAUCUGGCCCUGUAGCUGAGCUGCCCCUGGACUUGGGACAACAGGUGUAACUUGCUGUAGAGCUCUUGAGAGGCAUGUGGCUGUCUCCAUUUUUUUUCUCCUCAUAUUCACCGGACUGGUUUGAGUUUUUGUAGGAAGAGGGACUGGUAGAAUUUGAAAGAAACCCCUAAGAAGCCUUUAGAAUCCCUGGACUGAUCAUUUCCUAUACUUAGAGCACGGAAGGAGGCUGUGAUGUAGGUGAGCAUUGAAACCUCUCCACUAAAGCAACAGUUCUGCAAACCGACCCAGCAUUUCAGCCAGAAAGAGCCUUGUAACAAAGGAUUCAGGAGUGUGUGUGUGGGGCGGGGGGGGUGACUCAAGGGGAGCUCUAGAAUGCAUAUUUCACUCUGAAAUUCUUGAUGAUAGAAGACAUCAAUUUCCCCUAGAUCUUGGCUUUUCCUUCUAAAAUGCCCGAUUUACAGAAAGCAUGAGUUGUUCUAAACAUACGAGUCGGUGUCAGUCUUCUGGGUGCAGGUAAGGAAAACCACUCACACCACCAAGCUAAACAGGUCGGCAAGCAAGAACCUAUGCUGAUCCCUCAGCUGUGGGACUGGACAAGAAUGAGGCGUGCUGGGGAAGCCACUAGCUGGAACCUGGCCUUUCCUGACCGGCCCUUCAUGACACGGGCAGCCCCAGACCACUGAGCCAACAAUGGCUGAGAAAGGUGACUGUAUUGCCAGUGUCUAUGGGUAUGACCUUGGUGGUCGCUUCACUGAUUUCCAACCACUGGGCUUUGGUGUCAAUGGGCUGGUGUUGUCAGCCAUGGACAGCCAGGCCUGCCGGAAGGUGGCUGUGAAGAAGAUCACCCUGAGUGACAGCCGCAGCAUGAAGCAUGCCCUUCGGGAGAUCAAGAUCAUCCGGCGCCUGGACCACGACAACAUCGUGAAGGUGCAUGAGGUGCUGGGGCCCCAGGGCACCGACCUGCAGGGUGAACUGUUCAAGUUCAGCGUGGCCUACAUCGUCCAGGAGUACAUGGAGACUGACCUGGCACGGCUCUUGGAGCAGGGCACCCUGACGGAGGAGCACGCCAAGCUGUUCAUGUACCAGCUGCUCCGUGGCCUCAAGUACAUACACUCCGCCAAUGUGCUGCACCGGGACCUGAAGCCCGCCAACAUCUUCAUCAGCACCGAGGACCUCGUGCUCAAGAUCGGGGAUUUCGGGUUGGCAAGGAUUGUGGAUCAGCAUUAUUCCCACAAGGGUUAUCUGUCAGAGGGGUUGGUGACAAAGUGGUACCGCUCUCCACGACUGCUCCUGUCCCCCAACAAUUACACAAAAGCCAUUGACAUGUGGGCGGCCGGCUGCAUCCUGGCAGAGAUGCUCACUGGGCGAAUGCUCUUUGCUGGGGCUCACGAGCUGGAACAGAUGCAACUCAUCCUGGAGACCAUCCCUGUGAUCCGGGAAGAAGACAAGAAUGAGCUGCUCAGAGUGAUGCCCUCAUUCAUCAACAGCACCUGGGAGGUGAAGCGGCCUCUGCGCAAGCUGCUCCCAGAAGUGAAUGGGGAAGCCAUCGACUUCCUGGAGAAGAUCCUGACCUUUAACCCCAUGGACCGCCUGACAGCUGAGAUGGGGCUGCAGCACCCCUACAUGAGCCCAUAUUCGUGCCCUGAGGAUGAGCCCACAUCACAGCAUCCCUUCCGAAUCGAGGAUGAGAUCGAUGACAUUGUGUUGAUGGCUGCCAACCAGAGCCAGCUCUCCAACUGGGACAGGUACCCCGUGAGCCUGUCCUCGGACCUGGAGUGGCGGCCGGAUCGGUGCCAGGACGCCAGCGAGGUGCAGCGGGACCCGCGCGCGGGCUCGGCGCCGCUGGCGGAGGACGUGCAGGUGGACCCGCGCAAGGACUCGCAGAGCAGCUCGGAGCGCUUCCUGGAGCAGUCGCACUCGUCCAUGGAGCGGGCCUUCGAGGCGGACUACGGGCGCUCCUGUGACUACAAAGUGGGGUCCCCGUCCUACCUGGACAAGCUGCUGUGGCGGGACAACAAGCCGCACCACUACUCGGAGCCCAAGCUCAUCCUGGACCUGUCUCAUUGGAAGCAGGCGGCCGGGGCGCCCCCCACAGCGGCCGCGGUGGCCGCAGAUGCGGGGUCCCCCGAGGACGAGCCGGCCAGCCUCUUUCUGGAGAUUGCUCAGUGGGUCAAGAGCACUCAAGGUCGGCCCGAGCGCGUCAGCCCGACCCGGGACAGCCCCGAGCAUCGCCUGUCUGCCUCGCCCCCCGGCCGCCCAGCCCCGGUGGAUGGGGGUGCCAGCCCCCAGUUCGACCUGGACGUGUUUAUCUCGCGCGCCCUGAAGUUGUGCACCAAACCCGAGGACCUGCCCGAUAAUAAACUGGGCGACCUCAAUGGCGCGUGCAUCACCGAGCACCCUGGCGACCUCGUGCAGACAGAAGCUUUCUCUAAAGAAAGGUGGUGAGCGUAGAGGGGGUGCUCUGGGCACUUCUAACGAGGGGGGACCCCCCCAGAAAGCCGGGUCUGGACACAGGAGUCAGUCCCCCUGGUAACCUCCACCACCUUCUGCCCUCUCCCCCUCGCCCCCAACCCCUCUCUGCUGCCUCGGGGUGAGCAGAACCUGUGAAGGAUCCGAGGAGCGAGAGAAAUGUCCAUUUCUUAAACUGCCUUAAUAACUAGCCUUUAACCUCUGGGAACGGGGUGGGGUGGGACAGAGCCUGGUUGGGGGGGUGGUCACUGGCCCCCCCGGGAAAGGGAAGACAUGCAUUUUCUUAGUGGCCCUCCACAGAGAAGGGGUCUUAGAGAGUCUGUGGCCCCUGCCUGCUGUGGCAAGGUACAGGAGCAGCUUCCAGGCAGAGUUCUGAAGCCAUUUGGCCCACGGAGCCUCCAGAACAGCUGAAGGACACCGACCCAGAGAAGGAGUGACUUGCCUGCGAUUCCACACAUCCAUCCCAGGAGGAGCGUCAGGCUUAAGCUUUGAAUCCCAGUCUCCCGGCCUCCCGGCCAGUGUCGAUACACAUUAGAGUGUCUUCCUCUGCUGGGAUCACUGGCUUUUUGGUCAAAAAGUGUGGUCAGGUAUGAUAUGUCUCUCCCCUUUCCACUGCCAUCCGGCCCACACCAUGGUUCUUUUCUUUAGAGCAAUGCUUGUAUUCUGAGAUUGGAGAGUGAAUAGGUUACAUUCUCCUAAUCUCCAAGCAUAUUUCACCUGCAACUUCCUGUAUCAGCCUCAUCCCUGCGAGCUCUGAAGAAAUCUUUGUUGCAGAACAGAGCAGAGCAGUUUGGGGUACGUGGGUUAUCAGUCAUUCUCUCAGGCGUGCAUGAACACCCCUCUCUAGCACACCCUAUGCACUUUCCUGUCGUGCGUGAAGACACAGCCCUUGUUUUUCAGUGGAUGUUGAAUACGGGUGAGUUUGAAGACAGCAAUUCUAAGAAUCUCUCCAGUCUACCCCAGUCCCUGCCCACUAUAAACACACACACACACACACACACACACACACACACACACACAUACACAUCCCCUCCAAGCCUACCUCGGGACCGAAUGUUCUCGGCACAGAUUGCUUAUUUGG